GUUCUUCCUUCCAUCUCUGUCUUUCAGGUGUUCAUGUUGUCCAGAAGAUGUACGGCUGUGAGUGGGAUGAUGAGACUCAAAAGGUUACUGGUUAUCGACAGCAUGGCUAUGAUGGAGAAGACUGGCUAAUAUGGAGCACGGAGUCAAACACAUGGAUUGCUCCAAAACAACAGGCUGUACUUACUACAAACAAAUGGAACAAUGACAGAGGUUGGCUGGAAUCUAACAAGAACUACCUCAACCAGAUUUGUCCUGAGUGGGUGAAGAAGUAUGUUGACUAUGGGAGAAGCUCUCUGAUGAGAACAGUGCGUCCCUCAGUGUCUCUCCUCCAGAAGUCGUCCUCCUCUCCAAUCAGCUGCUUCGCUACAGGUUUCUACCCCAACAGAGCUGAAAUGUUCUGGAGGAAAGAUGGAGAGGAGAUUCAUGAUGGUGUGGAGAAAGGAGAGAUCGUCCCCAACAAUGAUGGGACCUUCCAGAUGAGCGUUCACAUCGAUCUGUCAUCUGUUCCAACUGGAGACUGGAACAAGUAUGAAUGUGUGUUUCAGCUCUCUGGAGACAAGGAAGACGUGACCCAUAGACUGGAGAAAACAAGAAUCUUGACCAAUGAAUCAAAUAUCAGCAUUGUGAUCAUCCCUGUUGUUGCUGCUGUGGCUGUUCUUGGUCUCAUUGCUGUGAUUGGAUUCAUUGUUUACAAGAAGAAGAACGCCAAACGUCCACCUUCUCCUGUGGACGGUCAGCCUCCAGAGGAAACCCAGUUUCUGCCACAAGCAUGAAAAAGCAGAAACAGACAAAUGCAAACAAGUUCAUCAGUUUGCACUGACCAAUAAAUGGCACAACUUUCUCUUUUUCUGGCUAAAUUGUAUUUCAUGUAAUAUUGGACAUUAUACAUGAACUCACUCAAAUGCUGUUAAAUCAAA